AUGCCCAGCAUGUUGGCGCUCAAGUGGUACACCCACAAGUCUCCAGGUGGUAGUAUCUUUUGGAUUCAAGAACACUUCCGUGAGUCGGGCAACCAUGCCAACAUUUGGCUGGUGCAUGGCUCCAAGCAGGACGUGGUGAUUGAUACAGGCCUGGGGCUGCACUGCCUCCCUGAGUACCUGUACUCCUCUGGCCUCUUACUGCAGCUCUUUCCUUCUGGAAUGAAUUGUUUGCCGGAUAUUUCUGAGACUCUCAGGAAUUUAAACUGUUCCACCCUCUCUGCUCCACCCAGAGCCAGGCCCAGUUAUCUUCACUGUGAGCCCCUGGGACUCCUCUUCCCUGCUCAGGAUGUGCUCAGCUCUGAUCAGGGUGUUGUCUUCAUCUUUUGCGGUUUUUUUCGAAGAGCUAGCGGUGGAGAUGGCAGCUGCCUGGUACAGCACUGCGCCCUACCCAUGGAGCAUCCGAAAAAGUGGCAAUGCAUUCUUAUGCCCCUAGCACCACUGGAUCUGUUGGUCACAUGGCCCGAGAAACAGAAUACCUGGAACCACAGCUUGGAUUUGCUGCCCACACUCAACACUGGUGGCUUUCUGAGGCAUCAGGGAACUGGGAGAGAAGUUUAUACUAUGUUGUCUUCAAAAUCUAAAGAAACUGCAGCAUGAUGUCUCUCUUUAAAAAAACAUUUAUAUGAUAGUUUUAUUGUUCAGAUAAUAUAUAAGAUAGUAUUAUGGAUUAGUAUUUCUCAAAUAAAAGAAUAUGAUCUCUCUUUUA